GUAACCGUUUGGAGGAGGGAGGGGGGGGGGGGGGACAGGGGGAGUAAGACAAGAUGGAACAAAUGGGAGACAAAGAGACCCUCUGAUGACGAGGAGGGAAGAACUUGGUUCUGGAGAAGAAUCAGAAGAAUCGGUUGCAAGUCAACAAAGCAGAAGAAUCCAGCCUGUUCUUCACAUCCCCAGUUACACAGGCUCGACAAAGCCACCCAAAUCAAGCCCUCAUCUGGUGCGGGGGGUGUCAAGGGUGUCAUGUUGUCAUGUUGUCAACGGAACCAACCACCCCAAAAAAAGUACCUCUCGUCUAACCAGUCACGUUAGCCAGGCUCGCCCGAGGAUGCAAGGAGCGAUCCGAUCCAGUUGGACCUUGGACGAAGGCCGCUGUCAGGCACGGAUGGAUGUCCUCCGCCCGCGGCUCUGGGGAUGGAUGCGCCCGACCCUAUCUAUCGCAUCGCGAUCGAUCAAGCGACCCUCCCCCCCCCCUUCCCCUCCGCUGUUAACAGGCCAGUGGGCUGUCCGGGGAAUAUCGCGCAGUUGCCUCACUUGUGGAAGUUUAUGAGAAUAUAUCCCGCAAGAUCGAGGGAGGAUCCAGUGAUAAUGAGGGUUUUUUUUUUUACUGCAGCUCGGUCUUGUUCGCCCGCUAUCUUGUUUAGUCUCUGUAGUG